AUGACAGUUAAAUUAAUAGGAUUUGUUUUGUGCAUAACCGCGAUUAGUGAAAUUAGUGGUCGAUCAUUGCCUUCAUACAUCAAACCAUGCAAGCGAGAUGACCCUAAUAUUAAUGAGUGUUUAAUGAAUUUAUUGGAAGACAUUCGACCCUAUAUCAGUAAAGGAAUACCUGAAAUGCACAUACUACCUUUAGACCCAGUGACGGUACCAUCAGUGACUUUGAAACAAGAUUCAGCCGGUUCAGUUAAUUUCGUUGCAUUGUUUACAGAUUUGAAAGGUUAUGGAGCAAAAAAUUUUCAAAUGCAGACAAUCAAAGCUAGUUUCAAAAACCAAUCAUUGGAGAUCGACUUAAAUUUGCCUUUGUUCAGAAUCGAAUCCAGAUACGAAGUCAAUGGAAAAAUAUUAAUACUGCCUAUUAAAGGGAAUGGCAAAUUCGUUGGAAAUGUUACUAAUGCUGAAGCAAAGAUUAAAUUUGAUCUAAAAAUUGUUAAAAAAAAAAAUAACAAAAACUUUAUUGAGAUUAAACCAAAAAAAAUAACUUUGGAACUAGGUGCAGUAAAAUUACAUUUCAGUAAUUUGUUCAACGGUAACAAACAAUUAGGUGAUCAAACAAACCGGUUUAUAAACAAUAAUUGGAAGGAUCUAAUGAAGGAGAUAAGGCCGUUGCUUGAAGACACUGUUGUUACAUUAGUCAUGGGUAUUCUCAAACCUGUAUUUGAGACAUUUAGUAUAGACGAUCUAUUUCCAGUCUAG